AUGCCUUGCUUCAAAGGCCUUGCGGUCAGCAUCCACACGCCGGACGGUCCACUGGCAGAACACUCCAUCCAAAAGCAGUCACGAGCGUCACGAAUCUCCUCCUACAUCCCCGUCCCGCCCGCCAAGGUCCCCACCGACUCUCUGACCGGCAAACCAGAACAGUCCACCUUCGCCAUCUCCAUCACUCUUCUCACACCAGGUCUGAAUGUCCCGUACAGCACACCCAAGCCCACCGAGCAGGACCCAUACCCACAACCCCGCACGGUCGCUAGCCUGCCAGGCACGAGUCAAGAACGAGGUGCUUACAUCGGCUCAGUGCCGCCAUACAUCUCACGCACAUCGAACCCCAACGAGACAAUAGCUGCGUACAUCUACUUCGACGGGCGUAUCAAGGAAGAGGUUGCGACGCUGCUACGGCGCGGUGAAGAGACUUGGGUCAAUUCGAGAUGGGUCAGUGUCCCAGACUCGGAAGGCGGCGGUCUGGCAGAGCGAGAGUUCAUCUUCCGGGAGGUGGGGCUCGAGCGGUGGCUGAAUGGUCUCGAUCUGGAGGGCUCGAAGGACAGGGCUGAGAGGGUUGAGCGGAGGCAGAGGCGGCUGGAGAAGAAGCAGAAGAAGAAGAAGAGGGAGCAGGCGAUGGACUCUAGUGACGAGGAGGAAGAGAAGAGCAAAGUCAAGCGUCUGGACAGGAAUGGUGUGCUGCGUUAUGGAGGCGAGCCCACCUCUCCCGUCGAGGAUAUGCAAGACGAGAGCGGCCUCUUCUCGUCAGAUUCAGACUCAGACGACGAGCCGCCGCAAGCCGAAGCCGCGGGCCAGAUCAAGGUGGCAUUAUUCAGAGUGCUCGCCAGUGGAGAGAUCAAGCGUGGCGAGUACUCCCCGCAGUUCGAUGUGCACGAGGAUGAAGAUGGCGCCGACCAGAAUGGUAACAACGAGACUGGUGACGGCGAUAUCGAUCAUACUACGAGUUUCGCCAAGCCAAAGACUCUGGAUCCGAAGUCGAUCAGUACGCAAACUGUGACAGGACUAGACCCACCGGAGGCCCCGUAUGCUGUCUUUACAUUCUUUUACCGUGGUGAGAAGCAGCUUCAGAAGAUGAACAUCUUACACAGCGACGAUGCGCAGAAGGCUCCACAUAGCGUAGCCAAGCGCAAAGUCUCCGGACCAGACUUCUCCAGCCUGGGACCACUCAAGUCGAAGGGAACCGUGGGAUUUUCUGGCUACCGUGAUGGUAACGCCAAGCGGAAAGGCAAGGACAAGGAUGCUGAUGCCAUGGACAGUGACCAGGAGGAUGAUGAUGCGGAACAUCUGCGGGAUGGCGACAACGACACUGACAUUAAGGAUGAAAAUGGGAAAUUGCUGUCACCCGAGGAUGCGAGGCGGCAGGACGAGGUGGCAGAGGGUGUGCAGAAGAUUAAGCUGAAACGCCAGCACUCAGCAGAGCCACUCGGCGAAUCUGCAGCUACCCGCAAGUCACCGCAUAUCAAGGCCGAGGACUCUCCAGGAGGCACACCUCAAUCAGCGAACUCGACCUCAGCGAAUGCGGGUACACCACCACCUGAGGGGAUGUCGUCAAAAGUCACGAAUGGUACAGCAGAUGCCAUUGCCAGUCCGUUCAAGAGACAUAGAGCGUCUAUGCCGGGUCUAGACAAUGCGAUGUUUGGCCAGCUGGAUGCGAAGCUGAAUGGUCAAGUGCUCACGUACGAGUCCAACGAUGCGGCGAGGAAGCAGGAGGACCAGCAUGGAGCAUUGUCUACGCCUGGUGUAAAGGUCGAAGCCGCCAUGGAUUCGGACGAUGGUGAGCUCUGA